AAAAUAAUGUGGUAGUUUAUCAGAAUUUCUCGUUUAUUUUUUAUAAAUUUUAGCAACAAGAGUGAUUCAAAAUGUGGUACGAACCACUUACAGAAGUCAUCUCACUAAAAAAUUGGAUUAUGUAUAUUUGUGCGUAUUUUUGCGUAGUAUUCAUAUUAUUUUGUACGAUUUGUCUAAGAGAUGCAACAAAGUACGUGGUAAAAUGGACCAAGAUUACUUUUUAUCCUUCGGAAAAUUCCGAAAAAAAUCAGGAAACCCGAAUAAAAAACAGGCAAAAAGAAAAAAUUCGUAGGCGUCAUUAAAACAUGUGUUUUCUUUUUAAUAAACAUAAAUU